AUGCCAGCAUCAAAGAAGAAAAUUAAACAAAAAUUAAAGCAAAAAGAAAAGAAACAAUCCUCCAAAUUGAAUCCAGAAAUUGAAGUUGAAAAAAAAAUUCCACAAAAUGCAAAUGAUUUUCAACAAACAUUGGAUUCUAUUGCCAAUCAAUUGUCUUCCAUGAAUUCUCUUGGAGAACAGGUGAAUCAGUACGAUGAUGAAGACAGUGCAAGUGUAGUCCCAUCACAAUUGGCAAAGAAAAGAGGUAUUCAAAAAAUUCAAUCAAAGAAGAAAAAGGAAAAACAAAAAAAGAAUUUAGAAAAAGCUCUUUCUUAUCAAGAACGGUUAGAUACAACUGUUGUUAAGGAUCUUCAUUCACAAAUCAUGAAAUUACCAGAAGAACGACAACGAAAACAUAGACCAGUGAAACAGUCAGCCAUCAAGCAGUAA